AUGGACAGCUGGUCCUUCACCAUACCUGCGGCAAGGUCGCGCUUACGAGUUGGAGGCCUGCGAGUACGCAACUAUAGAGUAACGGCGUUUGUCAGAUACUCAGGAAGAGACACUACCGAAAUCAGAGGAACAAUGCAAAGAAUGCACAGAACCGUUCGCGAAAUUCGAGAUCGGGUCGUCGUCCCACGCAGAAGCAGGUCAGCGCCUCAAGCACGGCCUCCAAGAGAUGUCCAGCAAUGGGUGGAUAACAUCUCUACCUCAUGGCUCAGUUCGCCCGGGUAUGGUUCUGAAUACCAGUCCACAAUACCGACCCGACGUCUGUCCUCAACUGCUAGUCGCUACUUCAGUCUCGCGGGGAGCCGCAUGGGCCGUCUGCAUGGCAACGUCAAGGACCUACCAGCCCAGUAUGGCCUCAUUCUCGGCGUCAACAAAAGCUACAGUGCAGGCUUCACAUACUGCUUCUGUAUCAGACAACACUACCCCAUCUAA